AACUCUCUCUCUCUCUCUUUCCUUCUUUCUCUCUCUCCUCCACCACUCUGCUGUGACCCAGCCUAAUUUCUUAUUAGUUUAUUCAUCACAGUGAAAUAAUAUCAUCAUGCUUAACCACGCCAUUGAUAUAUUCUAUAUAUACUGGCCAAUGGGUUGGUUUCUCUUUCCAAUUUUCAGUUGGGAACCGCCUGAUUUUCUGAAUGGGAAACUUGUUCGGAUCAGCAAGAAUAUUAAAAUGAGAUGAUAUCUAUUUAUGGGUUGUCAUCAACCACCUCUGUUUACCCUUUUGGAAAGGAAACCGAACUAAACCAUUCCCACCCCUCCCUAUAGAACUUGCUAGCUUUCCAGCUACAGCUCUCUCUUGGAUCCAUUUCUUGGGCAACGUUUUGUGUAUCAGAGUGGACCCAUUUGAGGAUUUUGCUUUCUAAAAUAGUAUAUCUUUUGAAUUUUUUAUAUUAAAGGCGACUCCUUUAACUGUUAAGUGCUGCUACUGGCUACUGGGUUUGGUGUCCGGAGACAGAGGAGGCUGUGAUCGAGAUUAGUGGGAUUGAAGUUCGAGACUUCAGGGGAUAUUAUCUUAACAUUUUCUACCAAUCCCAAGUUUUUCUCUGUCAAUUUGGUUUUCUGUAUAAGUUGGGUCACUUGACUCAGUUUGCAGCUGAGACUAACUGAAUUCAGCAGACUGCAGAUAAAAAGGUAAUUGUGCUUUUCCGUUCUCAGUUUAUGUGAGAAUGUCUUCUUCAAGACCCAGCGACUCAUCCACCAAUUCAGGGCGGUCUAGACACAGUGCUAGAAUUAUUGCUCAGACAACUGUUGAUGCCAAGCUGCAUGCUGAUUUUGAGGAGUCAGGUAGUUCCUUUGACUACUCGAACUCGGUGCGCGUUAGUGGUUCAGUUGGAGGGGAUCAACAACCUAGGUCAGACAAAGUGACCACUGCUUAUCUCCAUCACAUACAGAAAGGCAAGCUGAUCCAGCCAUUCGGAUGCUUGCUAGCCUUGGAUGAGAAAACUUUCAAGGUCAUUGCAUACAGUGAGAAUGCCCCUGAAAUGCUGACUAUGGUCAGUCAUGCAGUCCCAAGCGUUGGGGACUACCCUGUUCUUGGCGUAGGAACAGAUAUAAGAACAAUUUUCACUGCCCCUAGUGCCUCUGCAUUGCAUAAGGCCCUUGGAUUCGGAGAGGUUUCUCUCUUGAAUCCCAUCUUAGUCCAUUGCAAGACCUCUGGCAAGCCUUUUUAUGCAAUAACCCAUCGAGUAACGGGCAGUUUGAUCAUUGACUUCGAGCCGGUGAAGCCUUAUGAAGUCCCUAUGACUGCUGCUGGGGCCCUGCAGUCAUACAAGCUGGCAGCUAAAGCUAUUGCCCGAUUGCAGUCUUUGCCUAGUGGGAGCAUGGAGAGGCUUUGUGAUACAAUGGUCCAAGAGGUUUUUGAACUCACCGGUUAUGACAGGGUGAUGGCCUAUAAAUUUCAUGAUGAUGAUCAUGGGGAAGUGGUCUCUGAGAUUACGAAGCCUGGCCUGGAACCAUAUCUGGGUUUGCAUUAUCCAUCCACUGACAUACCUCAGGCUUCACGGUUCCUAUUUAUGAAGAAUAAGGUCCGAAUGAUUGUUGACUGUUGUGCAAAACAGGUGAAGGUGCUUCAAGAUGAGAAGCUUCCAUUUGAUCUCACAUUGUGCGGUUCAACCCUAAGAGCCCCACAUAGUUGCCAUUUACAAUAUAUGAAGAAUAUGGAGUCUAUUGCAUCUCUUGUUAUGGCAGUAGUGGUUAACGAGGGGGAUGAUGAGGUAGCCAGUCCUGAUUCUGUUCAGCCUCAAAAAAGAAAGAGACUUUGGGGUUUGGUAGUAUGUCAUAAUACAAGUCCAAGAUUUGUUCCUUUCCCUCUUAGGUAUGCCUGUGAGUUUCUAGCUCAAGUAUUUGCCAUCCAUGUCAAUAAGGAAAUAGAGUUGGAAGAUCAGAUGGUUGAGAAGAACAUCCUGCGCACCCAAACGCUGUUGUGUGAUAUGUUGUUACGAGAUGCACCCUUGGGUAUUGUGUCACAGAGCCCUAAUAUUAUGGAUCUAGUGAAAUGUGAUGGAGCUGCCCUAUUAUACAAGAGCAAGAUAUGGAGACUUGGUAUAACUCCAAGUGACUUCCAGCUUCAUGACAUAGCCUCGUGGCUCGCUGAGUACCAUAUGGAUUCCACAGGUUUGAGUACGGAUAGUUUGUAUGACGCAGGGUUCCCAGGGGCUCUUGCUCUUGGUGAUGUAGUAUGUGGAAUGGCAGCUGUGCGGAUAACUGCCAAGGACAUGCUCUUCUGGUUUCGAUCCCACGCUGCGGCAGAAAUUCGAUGGGGUGGUGCAAAACAUGAAUCUGGUGAGAAGGAUGAUGGUUGGAAAAUGCACCCUAGAUCAUCAUUCAAGGCUUUCCUUGAAGUUGUCAAGUCAAGGAGCUUACCUUGGAAGGACUUUGAAAUGGAUGCAAUUCAUUCUUUGCAGCUUAUUCUGAGGAAUGCAUUCAAAGAUGUUGAAACUGUGGAUGUAAACCCCAACGCAAUCCAUGUAAAGCUUAGUGACCUAAAAAUUGAAGGCAUGCAAGAACUGGAAGCAGUGACAAGCGAGAUGGUCCGUUUGAUUGAAACAGCCACAGUUCCAAUUUUGGCGGUUGAUGUUGAUGGGCUGGUUAAUGGGUGGAAUACAAAAAUUUCUGAGUUAACUGGUCUUCCUGUUGAUAAAGCAAUUGGAAAGCAUUUGCUCACGCUCGUAGAAGAUUCUUCAACUAAAAUGGUGAAAAGGAUGUUGGACUUGGCGUUGCAUGGCAAAGAGGAACAAAACAUCCAAUUUGAGAUAAAAACACAUGGCUCUAGGAGUGACCUUGGUCCCAUCAGCUUAGUUGUGAAUGCUUGUGCCAGCAGAGACAUUCGUGAAAAUGUUGUGGGGGUUUGUUUUGUGGCCCAGGAUAUCACUGGUCAGAAGACUGUGAUGGACAAGUUCACCCGGAUUGAAGGUGAUUACAAAGCAAUUGUACAGAACCCAAACCCGUUGAUCCCCCCAAUAUUUGGUACUGAUGAAUUUGGCUGGUGUUCUGAGUGGAAUCCAGCGAUGACGAAGUUAACUGGGUGGAAACGAGAGGAGGUAAUAGAUAAAAUGCUGUUGGGGGAGGUUUUUGGGAUCAACAUGGCCUGUUGUCCUCUGAAGAGUCAAGAAGCUUUCGUAAAUCUUGGUAUUGUACUUAACCAUGCCAUGACAGGUCAGGUAUCCGAAAAGGUUCCUUUUGGUUUCUGUGCUCGCAGUGGAAAGCACAUAGAAUGCCUGUUGUGUGUGAGCAAGAAAUUGGACAGUGAGGGCUCAGUCACUGGGGUGUUUUGCUUCUUGCAGCUGGCUAGCCCAGAGCUGCAACAAGCACUCCAUGUCCAGCGUUUGUCAGAACAAACUGCUGUGAAGAGAUCGAAAGAAUUGUCUUAUAUUAAAAGGCAGAUCCGGAAUCCUUUAGCUGGUAUGAUGUUUUCUUGGAAAAUGAUGGAGGGUACUGAGUUGGGAACAGAGCAGAAACAGCUUCUGCAUACUAGUGCCCAGUGCCAGCACCAGCUCAACAAAAUACUAGAUGACUCGGAUCUUGAUACCAUCAUUGACGGCUACUUGGAACUGGAAAUGGUGGAGUUCACUUUGCAUGAAGUACUGCUCGCCUCAGUCAGUCAAGUCAUGAUUAAGAGCAAUGCCAAGAGUAUCCGGAUUGUCCAUGACGCAGCAGAAGAGAUCAUGAAUGAGACCUUGUAUGGGGAUAGUCUUAGGCUUCAACAAGUCUUAGCUGAUUUCUUAGCCGUUUCAAUUUAUUUUAUGCCAAACGGAGGCCAGCUUACUAUUGCAGCCAAUUUGACCAAAGAUCAGUUAGGACAAUCCGUUCAUCUUGUGCAUUUGGAGCUCAGGAUAACACAUGCGGGUGGUGGGAUUCCGGAAGGAUUGCUGAACCAGAUGUUUGGAAACGACAUAGCCAUAUCUGAGGAGGGCAUUGGCCUGCUCGUGAGCAGUAGACUGGUGAAGCUCAUGAACGGAGACGUAAGGUAUCUCAGGGAAGCAGGCAAGGCAACCUUCAUCAUAUCCGUGGAACUCGCUGCUGCACACAAGUUGAGGUCCUAAUCCAAGACAAUUUUCGACGGAAAACAACACAGAUUCUCAAGUGUACAGCCUAUAUAAGGAUUGAUAGUUGAGGGUUUGCAUCUUUGAUAUGCCUUAUAAUUUCAAUUAACGUACUUUUUUCUUUGGAACAUUCAUUAUCGCUUUAACUUGUAAAUAUGCACGCCUGUCUCAGUCUUGUUCUUUAAAUGGU